AUCCAAAAGGUUUGGCAAUGGGAGCUGCUAAAAAAUGCAGGAUUUGGUGGCCGGAGCAUCUUAGUUCAACCCCUCAAUUGAGUUCACAUCCUUGUCAUUUCCUGUUCGGCUGGUUCAUCUCAUCCUCUGAAGCUUUUCUCGACAUUGUUAUCGCGUUCUCUUGCAGUGAGUCUACUCUAAAUUCUUCAGCGAGUUGCUUGGAUCUUCGGGGUAUUCUUCAUGAGAUAAAUAAAAAUCUACCUAUGUUUCCGGAAGAUGAUUGCAAGUUAUCUUUACUUGGUUGUUAUGUGGCCAAUGGUGGUGAUCGCCAAUUGAUAAAGGUUGGAGAUGACAUAAAAGCAGUUGUGAAUUCCAGUGGUCAGAGGAUUUAUUUUUCUGGUGACUGUGAUGGCCAAGAUACUAGUGGAAGGAUAAAUGGCAAGUUAAGCUAUGGGUGUCACAAGUUUGAUGUUUUAGCAUUGCAAAAUAGUUCACCUGCAGAAGUCAACUGGAUCCAGCUUGCCUAUGAUCGUUCAGUAAUAUGUGGUAGAAACAUUGCACUAAUUCCUAACUUGCUAUGCUUAAAAUGGAAGGGGUUGGUUAUAACUCAGUUAGAUGUCCAUGUCAUAGUUUAUGAGACCCCUCUAUUUGGAAGUCAUUACUAUUCACUGGGUUAUUGUCCAUCUGAGCAAGUAACAGCCCAUUGCAAGAAACCAAUGUGGGUUGAGGAUCUUUACCAAAUGAAGCCACAAACUGACUUGAAUAUUGUGAUUCAGGCAAUUAACACUGCAAAUGCCACUAAGGUGCUUUUUGAGUCGCAUUUUCCUGCCAAAAGAUCCAUUGCUUCAUUUCAUGUUUUUUCCUUGUUUACAAACUUUGCAUGGCCCUUAUUUGCCAUAUUUCUCGCAUUGUUGUCAACAAUCUUGUUCAUCAUUCUUCAGUGUUUCCAUGUUGUUUGGAGCUAUGCAUCACGGUCUUAUAUAUACACCAUGUUGGUUAAUAUAUUUUGUAAGACCUGCAAAAAUAUUAAGCUCCACUUUUCCCAGCUAUUGUAUUGGCCAGUUUUCCUUCAAGAUUCCAGUCUCAGGUGUCAAUCUUGUGUUGAGUAUGCUGAGAUGGCGACAUUACGUAAGCACUCCAUGUGGUCAAGUAUUGUGGUUGAUCUUCUUCUAGGAAACUUGCUUAGCAUUCUAUUGUAUUCUCGAGCAGAAGCUGCUUGCCUGUUCAUUUUGAAUUCUGCUGAUGGCAUAACUAACCAUAUUCUGCGUACUGGUUGUGUGUGGCUGAUGGGAAACCCAGCUGGUUUCAAGUUGAAUGCUGAGCUAGCUGGUCUCCUUGGGAUGGUUUCUCUUAAUGCUAUUCAGAUAUGGUCCACACUUUGGCUAUUUCUGAAUUUCUUCUUGGCUUAUCUUAUGAAAAUGAUUGCUGUAUCUGGUAGUCUUUUUGGUCUGACUACUGCUGCUGCUUUGACCAUUGACAUAAUCUCAUUAGCAACUAUGCACUUGUCUGCUCUUCAUUGGUUACUUUCACUAAUCUAUUCAUGGCAGAUACAAGCAAUAUCAGCUUUGUGGCGUCUUUUCAGGGGCAGAAAAUGGAAUCCUCUUCGGCAGAGAUUAGACAGCUAUGGUUACACAGUGGAGCAACAUGUUGUUGGCUCACUUCUAUUUACUCCUCUGUUGCUUCUACUCCCAACGGUUUCUGCAUUCUAUAUUUUCUUCACAAUUUUGAACGCAACUAUAAGCUUGAUAUGCAUAGUUAUUGAACUUGGGAUAUUAGUUAUUCAUGCCACACCAUAUACUAAAGUUGCUGUUUGGUUGGUGAGGAAGAAAAGAUUUCCUUCUGGGAUAUGGUUCGAAAUUGUGUCUAGUCAAUGUGAUGUUACCAAUUCUUCACACACUGGGUCUGCGGCUGAAAUUAAUUUGGAACCUAGUCCACAUUGCUUCAAAUCAUUGGCUAUGGUUUCAUUUUUGCGUGGCAACUAUCUGAGCUUAAGAGAAGUUGUUUCACCCCACUAUGGAUGCGUGUUUUCAGCAAUUUCAAGAUCCUCAAUGGCAUUGUCAGCUUAUGGAAUUCUUACGGGGAAAAGUAUUUCAUAUACUCUGGGCACUGGGCAACACAUGAAGUUGCCAUGGAUGGUCAUCCCAUGCAAAGCCUAUUGGCGUCUUUGUCGUGAUGCAAUCCUUGCUAGAAGGGAAGACUGAUUGCAGCUUGUGGCAUUAAGCAGAUAAUGUUUGAUUCUUUUGUUAUACUGGCAACCAAAGCAUCCAUAUUUUGUACUUAGAUAAUGCAAUUUAUGUUGAUGACCUUGACAGACAAUUGGACCAAAAGAAUUGUAUAGCGAAACUUUUUCCCCAAUUGAUAUGGACAGUUGUUGCACCUACGAACGCCAUUAUCUC